GCCUUUGCUAGCAGCAGAGGCUGGAGUGGGCGUCUUCUGACACCUCUGUCUUCUCGGCCGUUUCUGUCCUACCAACCACCUCUCAGGCGGCCGAGUCGAGAGGACGUUGUCCCCUGAGGGACAUCUGAAGAGCUUCUCUCUUGGUGGCCAUGGCUCUCCAUCUCGCUCGACUGGCGGUCUGGGAUUAAGCAUGGAGCGGCAGCGAGGACCCGGCACCUAAACUGCUCUGGCGCCAGGUCCUUGGUGGCCUCAGAGGGAGAGGGCAGAACAAGCGCAGGAGAGGAAGACUCUGGUGUGGGUGUCUAGACGUGGCCGAAGCUUCUUGCCUGCGACCCCCGUGGUACAUCUCGGCCUUCCGAUUCAUCCCUCUGCUACUGAAUGAAAAACACCAGCCUUGGACUCCUUGCAAAGCCAGUCAACAGGUAGAGGCUGCUGAAGCGUGGAGGUUCGUUGCUAGUCUGGGGCGAGAAAGAAGAGCUAGUCUUUUGUGGAGGAGGCUUUGCAUGGACUUCAUCCGAUUUCUACGUAUACAGUGAUGGUACCCGUGGGAAGAGAUGCUCAGAUGCCCAGCCUGCUUGGCCGCAGGUGAGCAGGCGGAGCUGCUGGUCUCCCAGUGCCGUGACCCCGAGGUUCCCGCGCAGUCUCCAAGCGGCUCGCUCAGACAUCCACGGGGGAAGCCCGGAACACGAUGAACAAAUUGAACUUCCACAAUAACAGAGUCAUGCAGGACCGACGCAGCGUGUGUGUUUUCCUCCCCAACGACCAUUCCCUCAACAUCAUCAUAAACGUCAAAAUAUUGUGCCAUGACUUACUGGUCCAGGUGUGUGACCUCUUGCGGCUGAAGGACUGUCACCUCUUCGGACUCAGCGUCAUUCAGAACAACGAGCACGUCUAUAUGGAGCUGUCCCAAAAGCUCUGCAAGUACUGUCCGAAAGAGUGGAAGAAAGAAGCCAGUAAGGGUAUAGACCAGUUUGGGCCCCCCAUGAUCAUUCACUUCCGAGUCCAGUAUUACGUGGAAAACGGCCGGCUGAUCAGCGACCGAACCGCCCGCUACUAUUAUUACUGGCACCUGAGGAAGCAAGUCCUCCGCUCGCAGAGCCUCCUUCGCGAGGAGGCCUAUUUCCUGCUGGCAGCCUUCGCCCUGCAAGCCGACCUGGGCAACUUCAAAAGGAACAAGCACUACGGGAAAUACUUUGAACCCGAAGCCUACUUCCCCGCCUGGGUGGUGGCAAAGAGAGGGAAGGACUACAUCUUGAAGCACAUUCCCAUCAUGCACAAGGACCAGUGCGCCCUGACGGCCUCCGAGGCCCAUCUGAAGUACAUCAAGGAAGCUGUCCGUCUCGAUGACGUGGCUGUGCAUUAUUAUAGAUUGUAUAAGGACAAGAAGGAAAUCGAGGCCUCCCUCACUCUAGGGCUGACCACUCGAGGCAUCCAGAUAUUCCAGAAUGUAAACAGCGAAAGACAGUUGCUUUACGACUUCCCUUGGACGAAUGUGGGGAAACUUGUGUUUGUGGGCAAGAGGUUUGAGAUCCUGCCCGAUGGCUUGCCCUCUGCCCGCAAGCUCACCUACUACACCGCCUGCCCCUUGCGCUCGCGGCACCUCCUGCAGCUCCUGAGCAACAGCCACCGCCUCUACAUGAACCUGCAGCCCGUAUUGCGGCAGAUCAGGAAGCUGGAGGAGAGCGAAGAGAAGAAACAGUACCGCGAGUCCUAUAUCAGCGACCUGGAGAUGGACCAGAUGGAGAAGCGUUCCCGCGCGAGCGGCAGCAGCUCCGGGAGCAUGAAGCACAAGUGCCUCUCCCGCCUCUCGACCGCCAGCCACAGCAGCUCGCACACGUCGGGAAUCGAGGCUGACCCCAAGCCCAGGGGCGAGCAGGGAGGCGAGGAGGACUUCCUGCUGUCCGCGGCCCACCACAAACUGAGGGCCUGCAGCUCCCUGACCAGCCACGGCAGCUCCCACACUUCGGGCGUGGAGAGCAGCGAGAAGGAGCGGCUGGAGGAAGAAGACUCCUCCCAGGAUGACGAAAUAGAGAUGCUGGUCGAUGACCCCCGAGACCUCGAGCCCACGAGUGAAAGGUCCCUGGAUGACGUGAGUCCCGACGUCUGCAUUUACAUCACCGAAGACAUGCUCAUGGCCAGGAAGUUCAACGGGCACUCAGGAUUAGUCGUCAAAGAAGUCAGUUCGUCUACUUCCAGCUCUUCGGAGACCGUGGUCAAGCUUCGUGGCCAAAGCAUUGAUUCAUUGCCCCAGACGGCCUGCCGGAAGCCAAAGACCUCCACUGACCGGCACAGCCUGAGCCUGGACGACAUCCGGCUCUACCAAAAGGACUUCCUGCGACUGGCCAGCCUCUGCCAGGAGACAGCCCAGAGCUACACCUUCGGCUGUGGCCACGGGCUGGCCGAAGAGGGCCUCUACUGCAAUGGCUGCUUAGCUCAGCAAUGCAUCAACAUUCACGACGCUUUCCCCGUCAAGAGGACCAGCAAGUACUUCUCUCUGGAUCUCGCCCACGAAGAAGUCCCGGAGUUUGUCGUCUGACGCUGCAUCUCCAGAAAGGCCUCCGGAGCUGGGUACUCGGGAGGGAGGUUGACCCAAGAAAGAGGACCACGGAUUCCCUGGAUUAUUUCUGGUGCCAUAGCAGGGGUAUAUAGAGAUAUAUAUUCCCCGUCAAGAUCUCUUCUCGGAUACUACACAGAUACUGUGUGUUGCACUUUGACAAAAAUGUGCCUGUCUCAAAGGCUGGUUCUUUCCGAAUCGAUGUCUGGAAACACGGCGGUCUUCUGUUCUCCGAAAAGGGAAGGCCAGCCUUGAGCACUUGUUGCGUUCUCUCGUUUUGACAAGAAAAACACGAUGCACAAAGAUUGGCUUUUUAAUUUUAUUUGCCUCACGCCAAGCUGCCGUCUUUCUUCCGCACUUCAGGUGGCCGUGGCUUCUUCCUGCAUCACAUUUUGCAGCUUUCUUCGGGUCGGCCGUCGUGGCAUCGAUGCUGAAAGCGAGGACAUCGGUCUCUGUAGUCUUCUUCCCCCCCCCAAACCCUUUUUAUUUCCUGCACUGUGUCAAGCCAAAGAAAUGCACACAUCCCAAACGGGAAGCCAUCGAGACCACAGGUGUGAGCAAUAACUGACCAAAGGGACUUUGUCCUCCGUUGGUCGAGAGGCCUGGGGGAGGGCGGCAAGUGUGUCGCGAUGCAGUCGGGCCACCAUUUUCCCGUUCUUCCCCACCGAAAGGAAAAGGACUGCAGUGACAUCAGCUCCCAUCUGAUAUUUUGUGUUGUUUACAAAAGAAAAAAGGGAAGGGAAAAAACAGGCCUAAAAACCGAUGUUCAGAAAAGUGGGAUUUUGAAAGCUGCUGGAAGCGUUUUCAUUUGAGGUGGAAACAACCUCAUGAACAGAUAAUCUGUCAGGAUGUAGCAAUAAGGUUUGCUGACCAAAGUACCUUAAAUUUGAGAGAGAGAAAGAGAGAGAGAUUAUAUAUAAAAAAUGCGUAUAUAAGUAUAGAGAGGAGUAUUUGUUUAUUGUAUGCUUGAACUUGCAGCUCUCCUGUUUUACAUUUUGUUUUUCUGUUUUAAAUGCCUUUUGUAGAAAAAGUUAACUACCCUCCCAAACACCCCAUGUUACAUAUAUAGACAAUCUUAUAAGCUCUACUUACACACAGGGAAGAAAACUUGCUCCCCUUUUAUUUUUGCUGUCGAGGGAGGGGGGGUGUUGUUGCUGCGACGUAAGCAUGGCUUCUUCCUCACACCCCAUAAUAUAUCUUUGCUGUUUUCUUUU